AUGUCGAACCUCGACAACGACACGCUCUUCGGCUUCGUCUCCUCAGCCCUCAUCUCCCUCGGCGGGCUUCUCGGUUUCUUGCGGCGUGGGAGUGUCGCGUCGCUGAUCGCAGGGGGCGGAUCAGGCGCUCUGCUAGCGUACGGCGUGCAGCAGCAGCGUUUCGACAGGCAGAACGUGCAGGUUGUCGUUGGCGUCAGCGCGCUUCUCGCCGUCGUGAUGGGUCUACGGUUCGUUCGGGGGAGGAAAUUCAUGCCGGCGGGUCUCGUUACGCUCCUCUCCCUCACCCUCCUCUACCGCUUCGGCCAGCGCUUGGCGUAA